CAAAGGUUACAGAGACGGCGCUCCUCUGGGACACGACGUGCAGCAAAACAAGCCAAUCCGUUCCCCUCUUCUUGCUUACCAUUGGCUAGACCGCCACGGAUUCUAACCAAUUGCAAGACACAUCUGGACAUAACCCGGAAGUUAGACAGAUAAGUGAAGUUGUUAAACUGACCGUUCGAAAACCACCUGCAUUUAAAUAGUUGUCUAAACUUCGAGUCAUCUGGUUAUAUUUCACGAGUUAAUAGGUAUAUCCUCCCUGUUCACCACCGGCCCACCGCCGUCUCAAUGUGCAGAUUUUUUGACAGUUUUUCACUGACUUGACUUCAGUAGAGUUGGGCAACAACAACGGCAUGGAGCUAAAGGAUGUGGAUAGAUGCUGCUGUGUAGUCAAAGUUUCUGGGGCAUUUUCAGAAAGGAAACCCUUUAGCUGCAGCGGAGUUGUCGUCCAUCCUCAAACUGGAACUAUCGUCUGCAUCGGCCUCCCGUUUUCACGCUUUAUUUCCGACAAAGAGCCCCUCUCCUCGGACCCGGGGAUACUUCUCCCUCACAGCUUCACAGAUAAACUUAAAAUCCGCGUCAGCUUAUCUCCUCAGCGAGACCGGAACCCUCUCCAGAAAACCCGUGGGCUGGCUUUAACUGGCCCCAGGAACAAAGCAGUACGGCAACAGGAGGUUUCUGCCGAGCUGCUGAUGCUGGUGAACUGUGUGGAGUUCAGACAGGCUUUUCAGUCCCUUUUCAAAGAGGCAGACCAGUGGCGUUUUCACGGCGAUGAAGAGGAUGAGGAACUGGUCAGAGAUGCCCAGUUCCUCAGCUGGUUUGGUGUCCUCAAAGCAGGUGCGUUGGUCAACAGCCGUACGGAUCCAGGGACCAUCCCCUGGCUGAGCAGCUCAUCUCUCCACAAAGGCUGCCCAGUUGUUGCGUGUGGGUCUCCUUUCGGCUCUCUUUGCGUAGACCUCUUCAUCAGCACCCUCAGCAAAGGGAUCAUAAGCAACCUUGCCGGAGAGGACAAUGCUAUCAUACUGACCGAUGCCCGCUGCUUACCGGGGACGGAAGGCGGGGGAUUGUUUGCGGUGGACGGUACAGAGAGCAUGCACCUCAUCGGGCUGAUCGUGUCCCCGUUCGGCUGGAAGGCCAAUGAGUGGAUAGGCCUCACUCUGGUGUGCUCCGUUCACUCGAUCUUCAGGAACGUCAUCCGUUGCACCAAUGUUCAGGAUCCCCUUUGUGAUGUUUGGCUUCAUCCAGAAGAGGCAGAGCUCCUGAUCUCCACCGCCGCUGAUGAGUGGGAAGCUGCUAAAUACCCCACCGUGUGCUUCGUGGACAGCGGGCAGUUCUGGGGCACAGGGGUUGUCGUCACACCAAAGCUGGUGGUGACUUGCCGGCACGUUGUCAAUGGAAAGUCUGCAGUCACUCUGAAGUUCCAUCACAGGGACAGAGUCCAUGACGUAGUGGGUGAUGUGCUGUUCUCCACCAAAGAGACGUCACCGUAUGAUCUGGCUUUGGUAGAGGCCAGAGGCCCUGUGCCAGAUGUUGUGGUCCCCCAACUGUCGCAGACAUUCAAUCCAGGUGAACCUGUGGUUGUCGUGGGAUAUGGGGGUUUGGGUCGGACCUGCGGCCCAUCCCUGACCUGUGGCAUCCUCUCCAAAGCCAUCCGUUUGAAUCACCAGCCUGUUAUGCUUCAGACCACAUGUGCAGUACAGGCAGGGACCAGCGGGGGCGCUGUGGUGAGGAGAAGGACCGGAGAGCUGCUGGGAAUCGUGUCCAGCAACACGAGGGACUUGGCUGCAAAAGUGACCUACCCGCACCUCAACUUUAGCAUCCCAGUGGCUGUUUUCCAGAGGUCGCUGCAGAGGUUUCACCAGCUGGGGGAUGUCAACGUGUUCGGGGUGCUAGACACUACCGAAAAAAAAGUCACAUCUGUGUGGAGGCUACAAGGUUCCCAAAGCAAGCUGUAACAGGAUCGCUGCUCUUUCAGGAACCCAUUAUACUAAACUAACAGGUUUCUCACUUAAAUAUGGAACAGACAAGUGCAGAGUCACAUCUGAGCAGGUAAAUGUCACUAAAAAAUAACUUUUAGAUUCAUUUUAAAAUUGAAAAUUCUUAUCAGCCACAUUCAAAUAACUGAUUAUUUUAAUUAACUUUAUUGUAAUUUAAAUAAAAAUAUAUUCUU